AAGAGAAAGGAGGAAGGGGGAAAUAAAAGAGAGAAAGAAAGGGAUAUAUAUGAAGAAAUGAUAAAAAAAGGAUUGAUUGAGAGAGACGAAGAAGCAUUCAAAUAGCUGGAGCUGCUUUUACCUGUACCUUCACCAUCACGCGCCUUCUUCAACGCUCCAGCACCUUUUUCCUUUUUCUCUUUCUCCUCUGCUGUAGGUGGCAUAUAUAUUGCAUUUCUUUUGGUUUGGUUGAGAGUGAACACACGCAACAAGGAUCCCCAAAACUCCCUUUGAACUCUGUUUCUGUUCAUGUCCUGAACUUCUGUUUCACAGUAAACAUUCUACUCAAUCAAUUUGGUCACUGAUGUGGCCCUUAUACCUGUUAUUCAACAAGAUUCUUAAGACAGAAGAUGAAAGAGAAUUGAAAGGAGAUAAUUUGAGUGCCAUAGAUCCCUACUUGUUUCAGCAUUCAUCAAGUAACAAUAACAUAGAGUCCCAUCUUCCCUCCUUACGCCGCUCGCUCUUUGUUGAUGUACCACAUGUAAACCAAAUAUAUACAUGGGAUUGUGGCCUUGCUUGUGUCUCGAUGGUUUUGAAAACUAUUGGUGUUAACGACCGUGAUAUUCAAGCCCUGGCUGAGCUAUGCUGCACUAAUAGUAUCUGGACAGUUGAUUUGGCAUAUUUGUUGCAGAGAUUUUCUGUUGCAUUUUCCUAUUUCACUGUAACAUUUGGUGCAAACCCAAACUAUUCUGUUGAAUCCUUUUACAAGGAGGAAUUGCCUAAUGAUCUAGUCAGAGUAGAUAUGUUAUUUCAAAAAGCAGUGGAGUCUGGAAUUGACAUACAGUGUAGAUCAAUUAGUGGAAGAGAGAUUUCCAUUCUCAUAUUGUCAGGGAAAUAUAUUGCUAUUGCAUUAGUUGACCAAAGCAAAUUGAGUCAUGUAUUGCAAGAUGAUGUUCAUGUUCCUGAAGUUUCCAGCAAUAACCCUGGCUAUACUGGUCACUAUGUUUUGAUAUGUGGCUAUGAUGCUGGAGCAGAUAUGUUUGAGAUUAGAGAUCCUGCCAGCUCUAAGAAGCAUAAAAGGAUAUCUUCAAAGUCCUUAGAAGAAGCUCGCAAAACCUUUGGGACAGAUGAGGAUCUUCUCUUGAUAUCUUUGGAGAAGAGCAAGAACCACCAUCAACUUUCAAACCAACUUUCCACUGAUGUCAAUAUGGAUUCUUCAAUUUCUUCUCCUCUGCAAUAAUUUGCCAUUUUUUUCUAUUUUGCAUAUAUUACAUAUUCCUUGUGUGUUAAUUUAGUUGCUAAAAGAGAAUCAUAGCUUCUCUUAUAUUUAUAUUCCCAGUAAAAUCCUGUUAAAAUGGUAAUAUUCCGGCCUGUAUGCAUUGUGUAGAUACGUAAGAUGCAUUACUGAAAAUUGUAUAGUAGCAAUCAAUUCAUUGUAAUGUUAUGUAAAGAUCAUGUAUACCUUCUCGGAAAGAUGUGAAACAGACAACUAAAUUAUCAUGAAUGGAUUCAGAGUUUAAUGGACAGAAAAA